CAGGCCUCAAAAUACUCGUCAUGUCGAUAUCUGCUCAAAUUAAGUUUCCUGACUUGUUGAAAUUGCCCUAACGAAACAUUAAAGUUGUCAAUUUACUGAACUUUUGUCAGUCCCUCCAUGUCUUGCAGCAAUUGAUCCGGUGACUAAUUGUGUGGUGCCUUCGAUAAAGGUUCCGUGGAUUGCCGGAAGCCGACACUUUUUUUAACCGUCCUGCAAAAGAGUCCGCAGCCCAUUAUUACCAAACUUGCUUAACAUCAGAUUUCUCGGGUAAUCCGCUUUUUCUCUUUAUUUUCUUCCGGUUGGGGUGUUGAGGUUGCUCUGGACAUUAAGUUGUUCCAGAGACUUAGAGACCAGUCGUCGGCAGAGUUUAUGUGUAAGAUUUUGCGACAUACACCUAGCGACUAAAAGCAAAGCCUUGCCACGAUGCAGUCUUAAGAGCAGGAAGUUUCUUUCGAAGUUGUUCGUGUCGCUCACUAUCGCAACUUAAUGGGCUAGUGUCGUCAUACAAAACCUGUCUAUCGUCUUCGACAACCUUCGGAAUUGGUAUGGGUACAGGAUGCGUUUUGCCUAGAGCAUUUUUCAGCCCGAAGACGAUUUUUUGUCCGGAAGGCAGACUUUGGGCGCAAUAGGGGCGACCGAUUGGAGCCUAGCGUCAGGAGUGCAGAUAGAAGGGGUGUGCUUCGACUAGUCCGUUAAGGGACGAUUGAAUAAUUUGACGAUUUGAAUGCAGAUAUUCGGGUUCUUCAUUGAUGAGUUCGUGGAAGCCCCUUCAUUCAGACCUGGGUCGUCACCUACAUUUUUUCAUUUUUUUCUCUUGGCGAUUUGAAAUUUCCUUUUGGCGUCUUGUGGUCUUCUAGAUAGUCGUCUGUCGUUAUGCUCGUUUUAUAAUUAAAACCAUUGUUCAGUGUCGUUAACACCUCAGGUUGAUUGAAUGUGGGCAGAUGGAAAGAAUUGUUUGAGAGAUUUUAAAAUAAAACAAAUUUCACCGAUAUACGAAGAUGUUUUUUGAAUUUCUCCACUCAGAACUCGAUUCCUAUGAAAAAAUUAUACUCAUAUAUUAAAAGUAAUUGGUAUCAUAGCAAUGGUUGUUGAUUCGAGUCAUCAUCGUCGAGGCGAAACUGGCACCAUCCAUCGAAAUAAUUUUACAUCAGCUGCAACAGGAGGAGCACACUAUCCGUAUAUUUCGAUGUCCUCGUCGGCGGGCGGUGGUAGUGGCCAUCAUGCAGGCUCAAUACGCUUACAUCAAUCGACCGGGAUGACCCCGAAAGAACUAUCGGAAAAUGAUGAUUUGGCGACAUCGCUUGUUUUGGAUCCCUAUCUUGGAUUUCAAACGCACAAAAUGAAUAUACGAUACCGUCCGAUAAAAGCAAAUAAAGAAGAGCUUAAAGCAAUUGUUGCAGAUUUCAAAAUCACACAAGACUAUGAAUGUGCUGUGAAGAAAAUUUUUAAGGGUGAUUGGAUGCCCCGAUGUCAUGUAAAUAAUAAAAAUAAAAUGGCAACGCAGAGAUUAAGAGAACAUAUAAUUCGAUAUCUCCGCGUUUUUGACAACGAUAGUGGAUUCGUUAUUGAGCCAUGUUAUCGUUAUUCGCUUGAGGGUCAGAAAGGUGCGAAAAUUUCAUCAACACGUCGCUGGUCGAAAAACGAGAAAAUUGAAUGCCUCGUUGGAUGCAUUGCCGAACUUACCGAAGAGGAAGAAGCACAAUUACUUCAUCCCGGAAAAAAUGAUUUUUCUGUGAUGUACAGUUGUCGAAAGAAUUGCGCCCAAUUAUGGCUCGGACCGGCUGCUUAUAUUAACCACGACUGCCGAGCUAAUUGUAAAUUUGUGGCAACCGGACGAGAUACAGCAUGUGUAAAGGUUUUACGUGAUAUAGAAAUAGGUGAGGAAAUAACAUGCUUCUACGGAGAAGACUUUUUCGGAGAUGGAAAUUGUUAUUGCGAAUGUGAAACUUGUGAGCGGCGCGGAACAGGGGCGUUUGCUAAGAAUAAGCAGGAAGAUGAGAACCAAGAUGUGGCCGGAUAUCGGUUGCGAGAGACAGACAAUCGCAUUAAUCGAAUUAAGAGCCGAGCUAAUUCGACGACUAACAAUGAAAUUGUAGAUAGCCAACAAAAAAUCAGUACGGAGAAAAUAGUAACGCCUCUGACCAUGAAGGAGUUGAGGCAAAAAGGUGUAACGAAGUACGAUGCCGAGAUGAUAAUGGCAAGUUCAUAUGGAAGCGAUUCGAAAUUCAGUAAGUUUGGUAGUGGCGGUAAGGGUUCAUUGAAAGACGGCGGUUAUGGGCGUGAUUCCUUGAGAAAAUCAGCAAGGGUUAGUAGUACAUGUUCGAGUUCAAGUUCAAUAUCUAUAGAUAGUUCUCAUCAUAAUCAUGACGCCGUAGGCGGGACGAAUUCGAAAGCGGAUAGCACGGAUAGUAAUGAGAGACGAAAUGGAAUCUCACUUCGAACUCGACGGCAACAACGGCGGGAGAACGAUCGGAAAAAUGGAACACUUGAUACAACUACGACCGUGACGGAUGGAGGGGAUGAUCUGACAAAGUCUAGGCGGAAUUCACGACAUCACCACGAUCACUUGGAUCAGCAUUCCUUGAACGAAGAAUAUCGUGUGGCCAGCGAUGCUUAUUCACGUGAUGUUGUUUUCAAUGAGAAACAGGAAGGGGCAGUUAUUUUAGAGGAGGCUGCCGUGAGAGAGAAAAAUGGCCAUAAGACUUCUACGGCAGAACGAUCGGGAGUGCGGAAUGGAUUAUCAGGGCGUGUGCUUCGUAAUCAAAGGAAAUUACGCUCGGCAGAUGUUUCUUCUACAAUUAUUUCGAAUAAUCAUGAAUCUAUGAAGACUGUCAAGAAUGAGGAUAGUAGUCACAACAAUCUCAAACGCAAGCAUACCAACAAUGAUAACAAAGGGCCUCAUGGAGACGGUACGGCGCUGAAAGCUAAAACCCGUCCUGGAAUGAACGGGACAAGUUCAUCGCACACAAUAAUAAUACCGGAAGUCGUCACCGUAUCUCCAAGUUUUACCGACAACUUAGCGAAUUUACCGACUACUCCACCUUCAAAGAGCAACGUGACGACGUUAAACAAUGUGAAUAAUAGUUGUAUGAAAUCGGUUACAGGAAGCGGAAGUAGUAGUUGUAGCAAUUUAAGUACAUUAAGUAUCUGUAGUAGCAGUAAUAUAAGUAACUCUAGUAGCAAAGCAAGUAUAGCGUCGCCAGGCGCAUAUAGGAAAAAUCUCAGCGCGAAAUUUGACUGUGUCUCAACAUCGACAAGCGGUUCAGAAGGGGGUGUGAAUAUGCCGGAUUUUGAAGAAGGUGUGUCUAAAAUGGGACAUUGUCAUGUCAAUGUUUCCAGAGUGGGACAUUGUCGUGAUAACGACGUGAUAAAUAAGACUGAUUGUAGUAGUACUGCCUCAAACAAUUGUAAUGCGAAAGUCUUUGAUGAUCGAUCGACAGUGUCGCGACAAAGGCGCAAUGGACGUCUACCACGCAAUUACCACUUGACGAAUGUUACCCUUCACAAUGUGAUUAGUGAAACGAGUAAUUCUUCUUGUAGCAACUUGGAUGGAGGGGUGGUGUUGCGAAAGCGGAAAUCAUCGAAAAGCGCUAGUGAAUCGGAAAGCACCUCGUCGCUAGAGAAUAAAGCACCGAAUCUGGAACAUUUCUCUUCGUCUGCCUCGGCACCAAUCACUUCCAAUGGAGACGUUUUGCUGAAAACACCAGAACGUCGCUUAAAACUAACACUGCGCAUGAAGCGAAGUCCAAUUUUAGAUGAGGUAAUUGAAUCGGGGACAAGUUUAAGCGAUGAGAGUAACAGCGUCGGAGUAAGUUCGUCAGAGCCUGUUGAGUAUGAAAUUCUUCGGGUGGAAGGUAUUACAGAAAACGGAGUGGACUAUGAUCACACCCCACAGAAACGGAAGAAGCGACAUAAAUCAAAAGACCAUCGUCGUCGUGAUCAUAAGCGAGCUUACCAAGCCAUUAAUAUACAAUCUCCGCCUCGAACAGGGUCUGCACCCGCGGAACUAGCUGGGUUAACAUCCCCUUCUGUGUAUUGUAAUCCGGUAGUGCAACUGACACCACAAAAGAAACGCUUGCGCCUCAUUUUCGGUAAUGAGACACAUACUAUAGACAUUCCACCGCAUACUGCCAAUAAUAAUACUUCAUCAUCAUCGUCAUCAUUCUCAUCAAAUUCUGCCUCUUCUUCGGCGACAAAUACGCCAUCAACUGGCCUUCUCUCCUCGAAUUCAUCAAUGUUGGUGUCAUCCUCAUCAUCUUCAUCAACGAUUAUUCCAUCAAAUUUAGCAUCGACUGCAUCUUCUUUGCAUUCAAGUCCAAUCUUGAAUAGUAGUAGUCAUCAUACCUUCGGUUCCUGUACAUUUCCAACGCCCAUUGUUGCUGCCGGAAUCCUGUUAGCAUCUCAACAAAAUGCUGCAUCUGUUGUUGCGGCCUCUAAGGCUGCAACAUCAACUGCUGCAACUUCGGAUAUUAUAUGAUGAAUUUCGAUGCGAUCGAGGAUAUGCAAUUCAUCGUCGUCAUCGUUCGUUAUUGUUUCCUUAGUUUUAGUAUUGUUACUGUUUACAACAAAUUGCAAGUCCGAAUAAGAAUUUUUUUACAUUAGAUGCGUUAAUUUUUGCAAUUGGAUCGGGAUCAUAUUCAAAUUGCUGGGUUGGUUCUGUUUGAAUUUGGCGCAUGUAGUGUUCUGAAUAGGAGCAGAUUAAAAGUUAGGCUGGUUUUAAUUAAAUUGAAUGAAAACUUGUAGUUAAAUUCAAACAAAAUGAUAUACAAUAUUUGCUUUUAAUCAUUUCUCCUUUGAUAGUUUUUAAAAUAACAAAUUAGCAACCAGCAAAGGACUUGAUCCUGACGGAUGUAAAGCAUACUUCGGACUCAUUCUCAUUCUCUGUUGCGUUCUAAUUAAAAAUGGUAAUAAAAAAUAACAAAUCAACACAAAAGAAAUAGAAAAAUAACAAAUUCUCUCUAGAAAACUUUGUAUGUAUAAAUCGUAAAAAAGCGACGAAUCACGGAAGUAGGCGACAGCUUUUUCUAAACUGUAUUUUAAUUUCAUUUUUAAAGUAUAAAAAAACUAGCAGACAAACAAGGUAAAGAGUAUAAGUAGGGAAAAUACAAAAACAGACUAAAAAGAGGAAAAUCAUAAAUAUUAAAAGAAAAAGUAACAAAGUUAGUGUCAAGAGCAAGGCAAAAUCAUUAAGAUCUAGAUAUAUUGUAGUAAAUAGAAAGAUAUUUAGCGUAAAACCCAAGUAGGUAUGUAAAUUUAAAAUAUAAAGUAAAAGGAUAUGUAAUGUAAGUUCACCGAAAAGAGAACAAAAUGCUCGUGAGUUUCAAAUUUAGGAUAAAACAAAAAAGGAAAGAAAAUAGUAGCAAAUAAAUAGAGAAAAUAUUUGAACAAUUCAAACACGAUAUAUGAUAAAAAACAAGAAAAAUUGAGCGAAUGAAAAUUAAACUUAAUUUUAUUGUUAAUUCA